AUGGAAGAUACCAAGAGUGGAGCUAUUAUCAUUGCGGAGCUCAACAAGCUACUUUCAAAAAUGAGUAAUCAUAGAAUUUCACCUGAAAUGCAGAAACUGAUAAAGAAGUAUACAAAGGAUGAAUCAGUGAAUAUUGAUGAUAGAAGGAUCAUGUCUCAACUUGGAGAUUUUAAUUACAAACAAUCUGAAGCUUACAAAAAAUUUAUUUCGAGGUUCGGACGUGAUUUUCAUCACGUCACAUACAAAACUUUGAUAAACGUAAUGGAAGAUUAUUAUAAAAAUCAUCCAGAUGAUCCGAUCUACAAAAAGAGUGACAAAACCAAACCUAGAGAAGCAAAGAAGAGCACGGCACUUGCUAUUAAGUAUUUCCAAGAUAAUUAUCCAUUAUUCGAAUAUUUAAUCAAUGAUCGGAAAAAUUUUGAUGUAACAAUGAUUUUCUAA